AUGGCGCACGAGGAUUGGGACUCGUCGAGCUCAUCCGACGACGAGACGAGCGAGCAAACCGAUGCACGGAGAACGCGAUCGGGAGCCUCGCAACCCGACAGCGAGGAGCGGCGACGCUUUCUGAUCAACAACGAAUUCUUCCGUACCAAGGGCAAAGUUUCGCGCAGAGACGGCAGGCUCAAGAUAUCCAUGGAAGAGACCGCACAGAGCGGCUACGUUUCCAGGGCUUUGGGGCGAAGCAUUCGGAAGCAGCUAGGCCUCGAGUCGGGACGGACAAGCAAGAAGGACAUCAAGCGCGAACAAAAGCGAGAGAAAUCCUCGCUGCACUUCUCCGCCCCCCAGCCCAAGAUGAACAUCGUCGUCAUGGUCAUCGGAAGCAGAGGGGAUAUUCAGCCCUUUCUGAAGAUUGGCAAGAUCCUCAAGGAGACGCACGGCCAUCGCGUCCGCAUCGCUACGCACCCCGUCUUUGAAGACUUCGUCGAAGCGACGGGCCUGGAAUUCUUUGGUAUCGGCGGCGACCCAAGCGAACUUAUGGCUUUCAUGGUCAAGAACCCUGGCCUGAUCCCAAACGUCUCCACGAUACGCGGGGGCGACAUUGGCAGGCGACGAGCAGACAUGGGGACCAUGUUCGAAGGCUUCUGGAAAGCCUGCAUCACCCCAGGUCGGCCAGCGAAGGGUGCUGACGGCAAGGAACUGCCAGUCCUACCCUUCGUAGCGGAUGCCAUCAUCGCCAAUCCGCCAAGUAUGGCCCAUGUUCACAUUGCAGAGAGGCUGGGGAUACCGCUGCAUAUUGUUUUCACGUUCCCCUACACACCAACUACCCAGUUCCCGCACCCAUUGGCGAACAUCAAGUAUCGCAAAAGCAACGUGGACACAGGCUAUGUCAAUUUGAUGAGCUACCCACUGGUGGAAAUGAUGACCUGGCAAGGACUCGGAGACAUCGUGAACAAAUUCCGCGAACACACCCUUCACCUCGAGCCCGUCAGCUCACUGUGGGCACCAGGAGCAUUGUACCGUGCCAAAGUGCCGUAUACAUACAUCUGGAGCCCCUCACUCGUCCCAAAGCCGCAGGAUUGGGGGAAGGAAAUCGACAUUGCGGGCUUUGUCUUCUUGGAUCUCGCACGGGACUACAAACCGGCCGACGACUUGCAGGAGUUUCUGGAUGCUGGAGAGCCGCCCGUAUACAUUGGCUUUGGAAGCAUCGUCGUCGAUGAUCCGAACGCAUUCACAGAAAUGAUCCUAAAGGCCGUCGAGCUGGCUGGUGUGCGUGCUCUCAUCAGCAAGGGCUGGGGUGGGUUUGGCGCGACGAAUGCAAACACGCCCAAGAACGUCUUCAUGCUGGGCAAUAUUCCUCAUGACUGGCUCUUCCCGCGCACGCGAGCAGUGGUUCACCAUGGCGGCGCUGGCACAACGGCUAUCGGGUUGAAGUGUGCCAAACCCACCAUGAUUGUGCCCUUUUUCGGCGAUCAGCCGUUCUGGGGAAACAUGGUGGCCGGAGCCCGAGCUGGCGCAUUCGAGUGCAUCCCAUACAAGAAGCUCACGGUUGAGAAGCUGGCUGAAGGCAUCAAACAAUGUCUGACGGACGAGGCGCAGCAGAAUGUGCAAAAGAUUGCAGACUCCAUUAGUGCGGAAGGCGACGGCGCAGAGAAUGCGGUGAAAUCCUUCAUGCGUCACCUACCCUUGAAUGGGCGCCACAGCAUGAGAUGCUCCAUCCUGCAAGACCGCGUGGCCGUGUGGAAGGUUAAGAAGUCAUCCUUGCGGCUCUCGGCAAUGGCUGCGGAGCUGUUGCUUCAGCAGGGCAAAGUGAACAGGAGCGAGUUGAAGCUGAUACGCCAUCGGGCGUGGAACGACUUUGAUGGCCCGGGGGAACCCAUCACUGGAAGUGCCGAAGCGCUCAAGAGCUCGCUAUAUGGGAUUGGAGAGGGCGUGGGAAUGGUGCCAGUGCGCAUCGCCCGACAUGUCCGCCAUCGAGAAGAGCAUGAGCGUAGAAAGCGAGCGAAGCAGAAGCACAGAGCCGAGCGACAACGCGCAGAGGCCGAACGACGAGCAGAGCCGCCGCCCCAAGCACAAGAUGGCAGUCUGAGACCACCAAAUGAUCGACAAUUGACGACGUCCACGGCCAGCUCCGCCCUAUCUGCCGAUCCCACGCAACCUCUGCCGAAGGAAGUCAUCGAGGAUCUCAACUGGGGCGUCAAACGAGCCGGCAUAGCAAUGCUCACCAUGCCCAACGACCUCGCCGUCGCCUUCGCUCAAGGAACGCACAACGCCCCUCGCCUCUGGGGCGACAAUACCGUGCGCAAACCCAUCAAGAUCCACGGCGUCAAAUCCGGCUUGACUGCUGCGCGCAAGGAGUUUGCAUACGGCAUCUACGACGGCUGGACGGGGCUCGUGACGCUGCCGAAAUCAGAGUGGAAGGAUGGCGAGACGCUGUCGUCAAAGCUUACCGGGCUAGGUUCCGGGAUUGGAAAAGGGCUGGGCGGGUUCGUGUUCAAGAAUGCGAAUGCGCUCAUUGCGCCGCCGGCUUUUCUCGUCGAAGGCCUGAUUAAGCACGUGGAGAAGAAGGGGAAGGAUCCCGAGAGCAAGGCUUUGCUUCGAGGGAGUCGAUUCCAACAGGGCAAGAAUGAACUGCUGGAGUUACAAGAGAGAGAGAAAGCGAGCGAGCAGCUGGACAAGAUCCGGACGCAGGUCACGCACGGCUGGUCCAUCUACCUGAGGCUGCUGGAGACGGCGCAACAAAGUUUCGGGCCGGUGCAGGGAAAUCUACUGGGGCGAUACAAGACGAAGCGAGAGAAGGGGAUCUGGGAUGUCAAUCGCGCGCUCGAGGGAGUGAAUUUCACCAAGCAGGGGAAAGAUGGUGGCGAGCGGCUGGCGAAGGAGCUGGUGGCGCGGCAUCGAAAGGAGCUGGAGAUGGAUGCACAGGAGCGAAGGUCGGGGAGUGGAGACCGGAAGAGUAAUAAGGAGAAGGACAAGGAUGACAGUAGUGAUGAUGGAGAUGACGAGAGCGAGAGAGAAGAGGAGCGGCAGGAUUCGAAGCAGGUGGCCAAUACCAUGGCGGACGGACGGCGACUGGAGGAUUUAGAGGUGGACAAGACACCCGUGGGUAUGACGCCGGGCAAGGAGGAGCGUCUCCCGCUCAGGGCUGUGGUCAGCAUAGCGUAG